AUGGCCUCUCAUAAUGUCAUGAAUCUGGCGCGUGAUGUAAAAUCAGCCGCAGUCAGAGAUCGCGAAAAGGCUGUCGAUGCUCACAAUCACAUAGAGUUGUCGCAUCUUCUCAACCCGCGAAAUCGAUCUACAAACCUUUCGGACCUUGGCGAUAAGAGUUAUCACGAGAUAUUUGAAGCAAUCUUCAGUUUUGUGCUUCGAGAGAAGCCAGUUCUCUCUGAUAGGAAAAAGUCCCAGGCGACGUUGAAUUCUACAGCAACUCGUUUAUCGAAAUGCGCCGAGGCUGUGCGCAUGACUGUAGGACGCGGUAACUCAAAGAUCGGGCGGAAGACACUACUGGCGAUCGUGGAUCACAUCACUCAAGUUCUUCCUGGACCUAACGGGGAUGAUUUCGUGACUCCUUUGCUCCAGGACUACAUCAAAGCUUUGACCGAGGUGCUUUCAAGGCCUGCACAUGUGGAAAUAUUGGCCAGAAAGGGGGGCCAGCAUUGGGAAACUUGCGUUGGCUUCUUCCUUGACGUUGCACAGUAUCUUCUUCCUGAUGAAGCAGAUAUCUCAACUUUGUCAUUGGCUCGGGCAUCGCCAGCCCUGACUCGAUCAUCACCAGCACCAGGAUCAGGAUACAGUCGAUCUGGUGGACGAUCAACACCUUCAACUCAAAGCCAAAGAAGAGCUGCACCUGGAGAGGGCGGUCUCCUCAAAGAUGUUUUGGAAGGACUGCACUAUAUUGUUAUAGGCGGCAACGCGCCCAUACUCCGGCAAUAUAAGGACAUCACUCUAGUAGUACUGAGAGUUUUGAGUCUGAAGCAGUUGAGUCUCGGCUCUUUGCAGACUUUGGCGUUUGCCAUUAUCAAUACAGUCUUCACUACCACGAAUGCCGACGACUUGGCGCAUGCCAGCUCUGUUGUGCAAAGCAUAUUGCCGCUAAUGAGCUACUGGUGGAGAUGCGAGAAGGUUUCUCAAGACGAAGUCAUCCGGGCGCUCAGGAUUGAGAUCUCUAGAAGCAUUUUUUUAAUGCACCUUCACAUCGAGAAUCUAGUCAUCAACUCCUCGGAUGAAAAGAUUCGCUCAGACCUCGAGGAACUAACUGAGAAUAUCUGGUCGGAGUAUUCAAGGCGUAGCGAGGCUUUCCGUUUACAAAUGAGCGACAUUACUUUUGCUUUGUCCUCUUUGCCGACAUAUGGGCUGCAGCUGAACAUGUUCGGCCUGCGCGCUCACAACGUUUAUGGAGAAGGCCAUUGGGCUGUCAUUCAAAACCUGGCGUUUCUGGAAGGCAUCAUGCUAUUGCCUCAGUCUAGAACCCCGGCAGAUGAUGCAGAACAAAGUGAGCAGCGAAGAAAAAGGCGGCGAAUCGAGCAAGAUAUGAGUCGCAUCCGACUUAAGCUCAAGACUGUCGAAGUAGGAGUUCGGGGAACUGCUUUACAGUUGAUUCCAUUCCUCUUAGCUGACAACUCGCUGAGCCGCGACGAGCUCGUUGACUUGCUACCUGAGUUGGCGUUAUUGGCAACUGACAAGAACCCUGUCACGGCUUCUUGGGCCCUCAUAGCCUCUGCAAGAUGUAAACGGACCAAGUGUUCUAUGCGACACCUCAAUCAGCUUGAUGUUUCAUGUUCUUCAAUUGCGAAACGCACGAGUCCCCAGCGCAAGUCAAAGUACAUGUCACCACAUCAUCCGAUGGGUGUUUCUUCGUUGGAAUCCAAACGAAUCUACAUUUGCAUCCUACCACUCUAUGCAUGCUCAACCGAUUCAGCUGCCCUGGAAUUGAACUCCCAUCAAGCGGCACCCGGAGGUCCAUUGACCGAGACAUGGAGCUCAUUCAAGCAGACUGAAAAGUUUACUCGAUACGUUCUCCUUGCAAAAGAUGAAUUCCAUGAUGCCGAUCCCAUUGGCUGCUGCGACCUUUCAGAGCAGUCUGAUCCGGCUUCAUUGGUUGAUGCCAAUUCACGCUAUGCUUCCCGGAAACUAACACUCGAGCUGUUCUACCCCAAGCUUAGUGAGCUAUCUGAUCUCUGCACAUCCUGGAACAAGAAACCGAAUGAAGGCGGUAUACAAAUCUCGUUUGAUCGCUUCCAAAGUCUUCUAUCGGCCUGCUUAGCUGGUACUCUGCUACUUCCCAUAUUUGGUGACCUGAACUCGACUCAGUCCUCUUCAGUUGAUUCUACACUGAAGUAUAUCCUGGACAAAGCGCUGAAUUCUGCUUUGACGUCAGUUGAGCCUACUGCCUUUGUUGAUUCAGUCUUGCGAGUCGUUCGAGCUGUGAUGCCAGACAUGAUAACGUCGAGUUUGAAUCGAAUACAGGCAAACAACCCAGAUCUUUUUCAUUUGUUCGGCAGGAUAUGGAAGUCUAUUGGUCAGCAAAAGGAUCAAACUGACCCUGACAACAACAUCGACUUAAUGGACAUUGAUGAGGAUUUCGACUCCCAAAGCAGCAGAGCAAGCUCAGUGCAUGCGCCAGUGGCAGCCCCUCGCUUCAAUAUUCAAAUGAAGCUGGACAUGCAGACUUUCUAUAUUGAGACAAAGGCCCGGCUUCGAUUCCUGUCCAUAUUGGAUAGCGAUUUCGGACAGAUUGGCCUUGUCCCCGAUACAUACGUGGAUCAUCUCAUCAAAAUGCCUGACGAAGACCUCUUGAUGUGUCAAAGCCUGCUGCUUGAACUCUUUGGCUCCGAUCUUGUUAUUACGCCAGAGAACGCCUUGUCUAUCAUUGAAAGAUUAGGGGAUUGUAUCAGUCUGUCUGAAUAUCAAUGCGCUGAAGUUGCUUUAAGUACCUGUAUCGGGGUGAUCGAUGGACUGCAUUCAAUCUGGCUAAACGACAAACAACAUCUAUCCGAAAGAGUUGGCGACCUUUACUAUCACUUCAUCAAGAUGUCAAUGGUCCAGCUCUUGUUUACUCUAUUACGAACCAACACGGAAUAUGGCAAAGACCAGGGCCUUGAUUCACCGCGAACUUGUCUUCUCUACAUCCUGAAAAAUGGACCCAUGUCAGUGAAGUACACUAUCUCGCAAAAAAUUGCCGACAUCUUUGACUUGUUUGUUCUCAAACUUCACGACGAAGUAUUUGUGGAUGUUCUGGAUAGCUUGCCUACUGAUCCCUUGGACACUACUGGCAUCGCAUUUCGUCUACUGGUACUGUCGAACCUUGCCUGCAGAUGGUCGACUUUACUUCGGAGGUGUACUUAUCAUAUCUUUGAAACGCCGGGGAAGAUUCCAAGAUCAACGGAUUAUGCGACUCGGUGUUUGGUGAAUGUGUCGAGAACGCUGAAUCUGGAGUCGCCGAAGGCUCUGUUCCGGUUAUUCUCACGGCAGCUUCUAUACACUUGGCUUGAAUAUGACCACAUCGAAGAUAUUCCAUUCUCUAUAUUUGGUUUCAAAACACUUGGAGAUCUGCUCAAAUCUGCACAGUCCGAAGCCAUUGGGCUUACUGUGAUGCGUGGACAGGAUCAAACAUUUGCAGAGGUUUGCCAUCUUCUGGGCAGUUCUGAGAGCGAUCUCGUCCGUGAAAACUUCACUACUGCUGUUGCUUACAGCAUGAUCUUUGGUGACUCGAAUGGAGGCGAUGACAAGGAGCGUGGCGAGGCACAUGUCAAAAGGCUGCUUGGGCGCGCAGCUUAUAUGGAGCUGAUUUACAUUAAUUUCGUCGAUAUCGCAGCACUGUUCUUCGACCUCAUCGAUCAGGAGAACUCCUUUGAAAGGGUCUUCGCCAGAUUCAAGCUCGAUUACGCUGGACAGAUCCUGAGCGCUGUCAAGGCCAUUUCUCACUCUCCUGCCGAGUUACCAGCUAACCAACAGCCAAUGUUCAAGGCCAAGUACCUAAUCAACGAACUUCACAGACUCUGUCAAAAUACAGAGUUUCAAUUUCAUGAUCUGUGGACGCCUCCCGUGGUCGUCUCCAUAGCUCGCAAGCUUCUCAAUACUGUUCAUCCGGCUUUAGGGCCUCUGCAUGCCUGUUCUGUCCUUCGAAAAGUACGGGUUCUGAUCUCUCUUGGUGGCUCAGUUGCCUUGGAGUCCUACCCCCUGGAAAUGCUUCUGAAUGCUACCCGUACGUUCAUCACCGACUCUGAAUGUGCAGACGAUGCGUUGGGAAUCAGCCAAUAUCUUCUCGCCGAAGGAGCUAGACACCUUAGCAAUGUUCCAUCAUUUCUUGCAGGCUAUGCCUUGUCAACCUUGGCAUCACUCCGAGUCUUCUUAGAGUCGAGCCAGUCUAGCACAACUCAGGAAAGCCAGUUCAAGGCUACAAUGAGCAAAGCAGAAAAGUUUCACGUGUGGAUCAGCAAAUAUCUUGAGGAGUAUGAAUCGCCCAUGUUUAAGAAUCUUGAGCAAAGGAGCGCUUUCAAGUCUAUCACUCGAUCUGCCGCUCGCAUUCGAUCUUCCGGGAAUGCUGAACGAGGAACCGCAGAGAGCAAAUUGUUGUUAGACAUUUUAGCCGACCAGGCUGCAGAUCAUCAGCUACUAAACGAACCUUCACGGCAACUCGCUCUCGGUCUCCUUUGUGGCGAUUUUAGUAUACCCGAGACGAUUAAGGACGACGUUAUUGAGUCUGAUGAGGAUGCUCUGAAGUACUCAACAGCUGUGUGGAAGAGUUGCGAUACUGAAAACCUUAGCGAAGAAUAUCUCUCAUGGGCAGGCCGAGUCGUUGGACGGGCCUUCUCAGCAUCCGGGGAGAUCCCAACUGGUGUGCUACGCGAAUCGAAUCUUAGCCAAUACCAGAAAAUGGCACCAGGGUCGAAUGGCUCAGAGACCGGAAUACUUUACCUUCUGCAGGACCUCACCUCCAACCCUGAUUCUAUUACUGCGGGUUUGGCUGAAGCUGCCCUGAGAUCCAUCGUCUCGGAUGCCAACAACCUAGAUGAUGAGCUACUGGCUGUUGCAUGUCAAAAAAGUCUGACGGAGUCUCUCUUAGUCACGUCUCAAUGGGGCACACAUAGAUCACCUCCAUCAGACAAGGGCCUCAUAACACCCACAUCGUCGCCAAAUCAGCUGGAUGUCUGGUCUACAGACAUCACGUCGAAAGACUGGCUUCUGAACCUGAGUGCACACCUCGCUCGAAAUCAACAACAUUCACCGAAGCGCCAACUAUCUGUGGCAAUUAAAAGCUGGCUCGAAUGCACAGUUACAGAAGCCAAGGAAAACCAGAAGUUACUCAUCAACAUGCUAUUAUAUCUUAGGACGCAGCAAUAUCCAAAGGAAUCAUCGAUAGCUGACAGAUCGCAUUGGCUAGAAGUUGAUUCUGCUUUGGUCGCUGCGGCAGCGUCACGCUGUGGCAUGUACAAGACGUCUCUGCUGUUUGUAGAAUACGUCCCUCCAGAAACCUCACGUUCUUCAAGAACAUCUUCUGCAGCAACAAAGGAGGUGGAUAUGAGCGAAACUCUUCUCGCAAUCUUUGAGAACAUUGAUGACCCAGAUGCAUACUAUGGACUACCAGAAGAGCCCAGUCUGUCAAAGAUUCUUGCUCGCGUGGAGUACGAGAACGAUGGCCCCAUGAGUCUUGCAUUUCGAGGUGCUGAGUAUGACAGUAAUGUACAUCUUGGAAACCCUAUGGCCCAGUCAGAUGGGCAGGCUUUGGUCAGGGCUUUCAGCACGCUUGGCUUGUCCGGACCUUCAAACUGGUUCCUCCAAACACAGGACAACAUGGAAACAUCCCCACCUGUCCUCGAGGAUACUUUUAACACAGCCAGAAAGCUUGGAAUUUGGAACCUGCCUGCACCUCCGAGUGACCAUCAUGCGGUUACAGUGUUUAAAGCGUAUCAGAGUAUUCAUCAAGCGACAGAUAUUGCCAAUGUGAGAGCUGCUGUGCAUGAUGGUUUUGGUCGCACAAUGAGUAGCUUGGUAGUCCACAGCCUCAACGCAACGGCCCUAAGGAAGCGUCUAGGAGCUCUAGCUUCUUUAACAGAACUUGACGAUGUUCUUGGCGUUUCUGACAGUUCGGAAAUGAAUCUCCUUAUUGAAAAGUUCAAGAAUCGAAGUGGCUGGAUGAGAAGCGGGUUAUACGAGAGUGUUGGCCAGAUCUUGUCUUGUCGUAGCACAACAAUGAGUAUGGUUAGCCAACAAGAAACCUUGCGAACAAAUAUCAAACUUUCCGCAGCUACGGCAAGGCAAAUGGAGGUUGAGUCAAUGAUCACCGCUUCUCAGAUAUACCGAUACCAUCAAGCGACGCAGGAGAGCCUCAAGAUCUCCACUAUACUCACCAAGCUCAUACCAUCGUGCACAGCACUGGACCUGCAUGUGGAUGCAGCUGUUACCAUUGAGGCAGCUAACUCUGCCUGGGACUAUGGACAGAUGAGUACAUCCAUCCGUAUGCUUCAGGAUAUCGACAAAGAUUCUGUGCUUGAGAAGCAAACUCUCCCGGUCAGUCGAUCUGAUUUGCUUUCGAAGAUUGGUUACCAAGUGUCCGUUGCACGCCUCGAGAAACCACAUGAUAUCCAAAAGAACUAUCUAGAGCCUGCGUUGAAGGAGCUCAAAGGCAAGGGUCAAGGCCGGCAAGCUGGCUCUGUAUUUCACCAGUUUGCUAUGUUCUGCGAUCAGCAGUUGCAAGAUCCCGAUGGAUUGGAGGACUUGGCAAGACUCCAGAGCCUGAAGAAAGCGAAGAGUGAUGAAGUAUCGGAACUGAAAACCCUUAUUAGUGGCACCAGGGACACUCAACUCAAGACCAGGUACUCGCAUGUUCUGAACAAAGAGAAGCAGUGGCUCAAUCUUGAUGAGCAGGAGUUGCGACGAGUUGAACAGACGCGCAGUGAGUUUGUUCGCCUGAGUCUCGAGAACUAUCUUUUAUCUCUCAUUGCGUCUGAUGAGCACAACAACGAUGCUCUCCGGUUCACAGCUCUUUGGCUAGAACGAUCUGAAGAGGAAAGUACAAACCAGGCAGUCAUGCGACAUCUAUCAGAAGUCCCAACCAGAAAGUUCGCUGGCCUCACCAACCAGUUGACAUCACGACUCCAAGACAACAACACCACAUUUCAGAAACUGCUAUUAGAGCUAGUCUACAAAAUUUGCGUGGACCAUCCCUAUCACGGCAUGUAUCAAAUAUGGUCUGGAACAAAGGCAAAGGCACAGCAAAAAGAUGAUGUCGCUGUCUUGCGCGUCAGGGCAACAGAUCGUGUUGCCAAAAGUCUAGCUGAGACGCAAUCCGUGGCCAACAUUUGGCUCUCGAUCGACAAGACAAGCAAAUACUAUCAUGCUCUCGCAAUGGAUCGAAAUCCAAACAAGUACAAGUCAGGUGUAAAGAUCCCGCUCAGAGAUUCCACACCUGGCCACAAUCUUGUCAACUGUCUAGCAAAAUAUCGUAUCCCCUCUCCCACUAUGCACAUCGAACUUUCAGCAACAAAAGAUUACUCCAAGGUGCCCAUCAUAUCCAAGCUAGAGCCCACCAUGACCAUCGCUUCGGGUGUCAGCGCGCCCAAAAUCAUCACAGCUGUUGGAAGUGAUGGAGUCCGCUAUAAGCAGCUUGUCAAAGGAGGGCACGACGAUUUACGACAAGACGCCAUCAUGGAACAAGUCUUUUCGGCUGUGUCAUCCCUGCUCAAGCUUCACAGGAUAACUCAGCAGCGAAAUCUCAGUAUCAGAACUUACAAGGUUCUUCCGCUCACAGCAUCUUCCGGAUUGAUUGAGUUUGUGCCCAAUACAAUUCCACUUCACGAAUUCUUGAUGCCUGCUCAUGAAAGAUACUACCCAAAAGACCUAAAGGGCUCCCAAUGUCGUAAGGAGAUCUUUGGGGUCCAGGGCAGAGCGGUGGCGACGCGCAUUAGUACCUACCGUAGGAUGACUGAGAAGUUCCAUCCUGUCAUGAGAUACUUCUUUAUGGAGAAUUUCAUGGACCCAGAUGAAUGGUUUCUCAAGAGGCUGGCAUACACAAGAAGCACCGCAGCGAUAUCGAUGUUGGGACACGUCCUCGGUCUAGGCGAUCGACAUGGACACAAUAUCCUCUUGGACCACAAGACCGGAGAGGUGGUUCACAUUGAUCUGGGUGUGGCGUUUGAAGCAGGCCGGAUUUUACCGGUGCCUGAAAUGGUACCAUUCCGGUUGACCAGAGACAUUGUGGAUGGGAUGGGAAUCACCAAAACGGAGGGAGUGUUUCGCCGAUGCUGCGAGUUCACUUUGGACGCUCUCAGAGAAGAGCAGUAUUCCAUCAUGACAAUUUUGGACGUGUUACGUUUCGAUCCUCUGUAUACAUGGUCUAUCUCGCCGCUCAGACUGGCCAAGCUUCAAAAGGCAAGACACAACGAUGACAGUCCAAUGGACGACGAACAAAGCGAAGCCGAGACGAAAAAGGGCAAAAAGGCUGCAGGGCAUGUCAAUGAGCCCUCUGAAGCAGAUCGUGCUUUAGAGGUCGUGAGAAAGAAACUUUCCAAGACGUUGAGUGUAACUGCAACAGUCAACGAUUUGAUAAAUCAAGCGACUGAUGAGCGCAACCUGGCAGUUUUGUAUUCUGGAUGGGCAGCAUACGCAUGA